CGGGGGCAGCCGAGACAACGCCUGUAAAAGCGCGCACGAAAGCGCACCGCUGCCCGAGCGCAGGAUCGCGUACGAGCGCCCAGAACAGUGAGCCAACCAUCCGUCGGCGCCCGCGAGCAGCCGACCGCGAGGCUGCCCCAGGCAAGCACCAAGCAAGCAAGCAACACUGGUAGCUAGCUCACCAUGCCGCCCAAAAAGAAGGGCGGCUCGGCCAUCGACCCCGACGACCCGUCCAUGAACCCGGAAGCUGUUGUUGAUAAUUACAAGAAGUACUGCAAGCUCGCCGCAUUAACGCCGCAUCCCAAAGUAUUGGCACAACUAGGCGGAGAUGAGGAGCAAUUAGAAAUCAUGAUGAAAAAUGAACAACUUGUAAUAGAUGGCGAACCGGUCCUGGGCCCCCACGGGACGAGGGCGCUCUGCACGGCGUUGAUGGGCAACGCGCCGGGCAUGUCCGGGGCCGUGUUCAAGAUGGCCAAGAACUUUAGAUUUUGGCGCAUGGACUGCGGCGACGACGGGGCCGCUUGCUUAGCUGAAAUACUCAGGCUGGGCGGCGCGGAGCUGCCCAUGGCCUACCUUGAAAUGCUGGAUUGUGGUGUGGGGUACCGAGGAGCGCAUGCGUUGGGCCAGUCCUUGAUGUGCGGCCAGAACCGGUCGCUGCUUACGUUAAAACUGGACUACAACUCGUCGCUGGGUAGUGAUGGUUGUAAGGCGCUCUGUCAAGGGUUGCGGACGAACGCGUCCUUAAAACAACUGCACCUUUGUUAUUGUGGUUUGGACGAGGACGCGGGGGCGCCGCUGGGCGAGGUGCUAUCUUACGCCAAGACGACGCUGCAGAAGCUCCACUUGCAGGGCAACAAGAUGCGGGGCGGCGGGCUGUCGGGAACGGUGUGGAAAUCAACCGGUGCGUCGGGUGCACUAAGUCAUUUCUCGGCGAUACGCGGCCGUCCUGGCUCGAUCGAGCGGUGAGUGCGGAACCGGCAUCGCCACGCCAUCGAGCAGAUAUCAUGAAGAUGGCGUGGAGGUCGACGCGACGAUCCCGCGCCGUGAAAAUUUGAUUUCCACGCAGGUCGGGCAUCCUCUCGGGAAUGGACAAUAAUAACAAACUCGAAUAUCUGUCGCUCGCGGACAACGCCAUCGCCGCCACCGACGAGGACCUCGAAGCUUUGGAGCAGCUCGCGGGCGUGAUGCAGCGCGAGACGAGUUUACUAUCACAAGUCGACCUGCUCCACAACCGCAUCGGCGAGAAGGGCGCGAACACCAUGCUCGCGGCCUUUAAUGGAGGGGAAUUGGAAGGUUCAAAAGGCCCGCCGGGCAAGAUACAAAUGCUGCAGGUGGACCACUCGCUGCCCGACCAAUUGUUCAACACGUUGGGGAGGUUGGACGCGGGCAAGGGGGGCAAGGGCAAGAAGGGGAAGAAGAAGAAGUAGGGGUCGCGUAAGACCGUCCUGUUCGUAUUUAGUCUCACUACAACUACUACGGCGGCGGGCGCGCGCCGCGCGCGGGCGCGCGUAAGAAUGUUGCGACUACUCUCGCCCCCAUUCACGACGCGUCGCGUCGAUGGCGUAUGCGCUGUGUGGCACGCCAAUGUGACGCCAUCGCCGCGGGAGUUCACGCACAUCUAG